AUGGCAACCCACACAGAAUCAUACGCAACACUGCCAUCAGCACGACAAAGCAGAAUGAAAAUCGACGCUCUACUGAACCCAGGCGACGGAGACUAUGACUCUCCACGCUCCCAGCACGCCUCAAUUCCAUCCAACCGCCACAGAUACCACCAAUCCUCACCAACCUUCCCCCCAAGCCCAAACUACUGGUACAACCGGAGCUACCACGACACCAGCCCAGGCGCACUAUCCAGCACCACUACAGCAACCACCCAAAGCAGUAGCAGCACCACCGCCAACCACAGCGUAAACCCGCCCCAAUCCCAUCAGAUGUUCUUCACCUACCGGCCCUCGGCCAGUACCAACAGCAACCGCGCCAGCGGGAGCACAAACCAAAGCUCGCUCUCGGCGCCGUCGUCGCCGGACCCGUACCACUCGCGCGAGCGCUUCUCAAGCGUCUCAAGCUCGUCCUCUAACAACGGCGACCGUCGUCGUCCCCCUCGCCCAAAGUACGAGGAAGAGGAAAUGUACUUCAUCUGGUACCACCGCGUUGACUUGUGUCAGGAGUGGAAGGAGGUCCGUGAGGCUUUCAAUCGCCAGUUCCCGGAUCGCCAGAGACGAGGCUUCCAGGGUAUUCAGUGCAAGUUUUACCGCUUCAUCAAGGAGAAGAAGUGUCCUACCCUGCGUGAGCAGAGGCGUAUGCGCGAUGGCGAGUUCCUGAGGGAGGGUGCUUCGGCUGCCCUCGCUGGGGACCAUGGGCCUGCGCCUAAGUUCGGUGUUAGGGAAUAUACGAAUGUUUGGUAUCCUUGGAUGAGGAAGGAAGGGGACGUUGCUUUGCGACGGAUGGGGUGA